UUGCCUAUCCAUUUAUAUUUCAUUGUGAAUUCACGUUAGCAAUUCUUUUUGUUUUUCAGCAAAUAAAUUGUACUUUCACGUAAUUAAUAAUGGCAUCAAGCUUCGACAUUUCAAAAGAGGACUUAUAUGGCAUUCUUGGCGUACAGGAAGAUGCCACAGAAAAAGAGAUCACCAAGUCCUACAGAAAACAGGCGUUAAAAUGCCAUCCUGAUAAAAACCCAGAUAACCCUUCAGCAGCGGAGUUAUUUCAUCGACUUACCAGAGCAUUGGAAGUUUUAGUUGACGCAGCAGCACGUGCGGCAUAUGACAAGAUACUCAAGGCAAAGAAGGCUGCUGACCAAAGGAGAAAACAGUAUGAUUCUAAGAGGAAAAAAUUCAAAGAUGAUUUGGAGGCCAGAGAAAGAGCGGCCGCAGAACAGAAGGAAGACCCAGCAGCAGCAGCAAAGAAUCUUCAGAAGGAGAUUGAGCGACUUCGUAAAGAGGGAAACGCUAUACUGCGCGAGACUCAGGAGCUGUUGAAGAGAGACCUGGAGGAAAAAAUGAAAACUGUGGCACAGUCAGACAGCGAGAGUGAUGAAGAGAGCAGAACUGCAAAAGUCAAGGCUAAAUGGAAAAUAAAGAAAGGUGAUACCAGAGAUGAAGGUUACACCAAAGACGAGUUGUUUGAUAUAUUUUCCAAGUAUGGUGAAGUUCUCAACAUUGUUGUGUCAGUAAAGAAAUCAGGGACUGCCAUAGUAGAGUUUGCAUCUCCUUACAAUGCGGAUCUUGCAGUGCGCAGUGUCACUGGAAAACCAGACUUUCCAUUAACAUUGAGCUGGUUGUCAGGACAACCGAGUGAGGAGAGGGUAGGAAACCAUGUAAACCCAAACCUUGGUCAGUCUUACCCAGCAAAUGGCACUUUUCAAACAACAGCUGAGGAUACAUUCAGCGGGCCACCAAGCAGUGAUAACCGAGACUUUGAGAGUAUUGUGCUGAUGAAGAUGAGACAAGCAGAGGAAAGGAAGCGACUGAUAGAGCAGAUGAUGAAAGAGGAAGAUGAGGGGUGACACUGACCUUGAUAGAAUGAAUAAAUUAUAGAUGAUAAAAUGAGCAUGGCUGGGUCUGAAAAAGGGAGAUCUUGAAUGGUUUUGUUGACUCGAAGGGAAAUAAUUGAAUUUAGUGGCUCAGUAGAAAAUGAGAGAGAUAUCCAUGCAGUUAUAUGUUAUGACUUCUUGUGGACAAACAUGGAUACUUCAAAAGCUUUUGGGAUGGUUUAGAUGAAAGUACGAAAAAAUAGUUGAACUAAUAUCUGCAGUAGGCAAAUUUUUUUUUAAAGAUGAAUGUCUCUAGAAUAUAAGGAAGAUGAAAACAAUGUAAACAGCAUAGUCAUUUGUUGGUUUUGAUUGAAAUAUGAGAAAAAGACAGUUUCAUGCUUAAAGUGAUGCCAAAUACAAAAUCAGUUUACCGAUAUUUAAGACUUAUUGUUAACAUGCUCUUUAAUGUGAAACCGCAACUUCAAGUGUGGCUAUCUAUUGGCAUAUGAACAAAAUUGAUUGCGGUAAAGGUACAAAAACAAAUGGACUGAAAUGAUAAUAAUUUAACUUAUGUAAGUAUGAAUUUGAUUUAUUAUGACAAUGCGUUUGUUUGGACGGCGUGUUUUGUAAAUGAUUGUUUAUAAUGACAGCGUCCUAGCCACACUGAGGCACACCGUGGCAGUUGCCUCGGCUAAAACUUGCAGAGCAAUUUUGAGAUAGCAAGGAAAAAAGGAUCCAUUGACCACUAUUAUAUUGUCUGUAGUAAUAUCAUCCCAUGUACAUGAAGACAGCAUUAAUAUGAAUGGCUACAAAAUAAGCAAAGUUAAAAAAAACACGGAUAAAAAUACAAAGUUUA